UACCCACGUUAAACGCAUAUCGAAAAAUCGAAAUCGAAGUUAUCAAUAGUACAUAUGUAUGUAUAUACAUACCGUGGUAGUACCUGGUAGUACUUCCUUUACCAUUGCAGAAUAAGUUUCGUCUAUAUAUUUUAUACGUUUAUGGUUUUUGGCGCUUAUAUUAUUCCAAAGGUAAGACCGCCAUUUGUACGCGCCAUCUGGCACUGGCAGUGACAAAGUAUCGAAUAUAUCGUGAAUCCACAGUUUCAUUGGGUUUCCUUUCGUCGAAGACUUUGUUAUCGUUCUUCUCGCGUAUGAUGUGAUGUACGAUAGAUUUUGCGAGCACGUAGCACGUCUUCAGGUGUUCCGAGAAAUUGAUUGGUUCGAAGUUGCAGUACAUCAUAAAUGGAAAGGUGAUUAGGUGAUAGAUAUCACAAUGCGUAGCAGCAAAACUGUAACCAGCACUGAAUUUUUCAGCAAUUAAGCAAAAAAAUAUACAGAAGUUAUUGGACUAAAAAUAGCUACAUGCUGGAGAGCAGGUUUAAAUGAUUCUGAAGAAAAUGCCAAACUCUGAAAUCAAUAAGCGUGAUCAUAAUUAUAGUGAAUCGGAACCACCUCAGAAUGUCAACAAUUCCGACAGUAGUACUAUCAAUAAGGAAUCCAAAAUGGCGCCUAUUUUGGGCCAAAUUAAGGAUAUUGAUGAGCUGAAGAAGAUUGCGCCACGUGUUCGAUUGCAAGAUGCCAAGAGCCUAAACGAAUUGACAAGGAUCUCGUCCUUAAGUAAUAAUAGCAGUAAAUCACAGCAGAGCAAGGUGUCCAAUUCAGAAAGAACUCAGGAAGAAUUAAAAAAAUAUUGUCGUACUUGUGCUGGUUUAAAAUUGCCCUUGGUGGACAUCUUCAGUGAGAAAGGUAUUAAAUUGCGAUUGAGCCAACAAAUCAAGCAUUUAGAAGUAAAUCCUUAUGAUAGCCUUUCUACACAGAUGUGCAUGGACUGCAUCUGUGAUCUUAAAAUGAGUUACAAAUUCUUCAUGCAGAUCAAAAAGGCUGAGGUAAAACUCAAGUCCAUUCACCUCAACUUGACAACUGAUAACGUCGCAAAAAAAGCGGAACCGAUUAAUGAGUCUUUGAUAACACAACAAAUAAAGCAACCAUCCUGUUUAGAAACAAAGCAAGAGCGCCAAUCACUUUCAUCACUUCAAUCCACAAUCCAAGAAAAUCCAUCUUUAUCACCAAUAAAGCAAGAAAACCGAACAAUUAUGAAAAAUCAAGAAGACAAUUUUGUUCCCAAAACUUGUGCCAUCUUUUCAUUGAAUAACGAGCCAAAAAUGGAAGAAGAAGAAGUACAGGUGGGCGGAGGAAUCUUCGAAGAGAUAGCAGAGGGAGAGGAUGAAGAAUCCAUCGAAGAAUUUGAUCCCGAAGAUCCGGCUUUUCAGGAAGAUGAAGAAGAAGAAGAAUUUUCAAGGUCUCCAGCUGCUGUUUAUAAGUAUGAUAUGUUGGCAAAGUCCUAUGUGAGAGUGGAGGGAGGUGAGGAGAUAGUCUCCAUGAAAUCUGAGAUUUCCCAGACUUCAGAGGGUGAAGGAGACAAUCAAAGAGAGGGAAUGAGACAACCAAAUAUCCUGAAAAGAAGAUUAUUGAUGUCAACAACAAUGAAAAGUUGGGAGAAGGAUGAGGUGCAGAAUGAGGUGGAGAGUACUCCGAGGGAAUGCAAGGUGCAAAAGUUAGAUUUGAAUAAUCCACUGAGUGUGAACAAUACUCCACAUGAGGAUGGAAUUAUGUAUGUGACUGUAAAAGGAUCCAAACCCAAUGAGAUUUUAUUGGUGAAGGUCAAGAAAAUGGACAAGCCCAUGGAAACAAAACGUAUAGCAUCCACCGAUCUCAAACCUGUUGAACGUUUCCUCAAACGUUAUGAGCCCCUAGCAUCGCGGGAUUCCUCAUCUCGACGCCCUGAUGCCCGUGAGCAAAUAAUUGAGGAGCAAAUCGAAGAAUAUAAAAAGAAACGCGAGAAAGUCCUCGGAAAUCAAUCAGCAAAGACCUUUACCGUGAACGAGACGCAAAAAGAGGUAGAAGAAGAAAAAAUUUGGACUACAUCAAAAGUGGAAAAAGAAAUAUUAGUUUCAACAAAAGAAGAUGAAGAGAAAGAAAAGGAAGAAGAUGUGGAAGAAAGCGAAAAAAUCAACGAAAGUCAGGAGAAGAUUAAUGAUAAUACAAAUGAAUAUAUUUUGAAAUUAUCAAGAGAAAAGUUGAAAUGGGAGGAGGCGAAGCAGAAGAAAGAAAAUUUGCAGAACCAGGACUCAGACGAGACAUAUAUCGAAGGGAGUUUAGAGAAGUUGAUGAGAAUCUUGGGAGAAAAGGAAAAGAAUUUACAGGAAUUCCAGGAAUACUUGAAGCAGCGCAAGAUUGUUCUUUCUCGUCUCAAGGACGAAGAUGUAAUUUCUCUCUAUGAAGAACGUUUCUCCAUUACAUUGAAAUUACCUCCUAAACCCUUGCCAGACAUUAUAGAAAUCGAAUCAUCUGUCAAUCCUCUUUCCAUAGAGCGCGAUUUGGAAUGUGAUUACUGUCCGGAAACUUUUUCCAAUCGCGAUAUUCUCGAGGAACACAUCAAAAUUCACGACUAUCGCAUCCUUCACUAUUGCGAUGAUUGUGAGGAAGAAUUUGCAACUAACAAAGCGAAGAGAAAUCAUAAUGUUAUUUGUGUAAGAAAGUUAAUUUGCAAAUAUUGCGAUUUACUUUUGGAUUCCAGAGGGAAAAAACGUCAGCAUGAGCAAAAACAUAUUGAUGCUCUUUAUGGACAACUUUGCGAAGUUUGCGGAGAAAGAUUCAAACAUCAGGGAACUCUGGAUCAGCAUCUGAAAACACAACAUACAAUUUUAGAGAAAAUUUAUCAGUGUCCAAAGUGUCCAAAAAAAUUUGCUUUCAAGCAAAAAUUAAGUUUUCAUCUAAAAUCGGUACACACAACUUUAAGAGCAUAUCUUUGUGAGGAUUGCGGUGCAGAUUUUAAGAAUCCUGCAAGUUUAAGACAUCAUAGAAUUAGAAAACAUCAACCUGUUGGAAACAAGAGGGAAUGUCCAGUUUGCAGGAAAUUAGUGCCGUUUUAUAGUUUAUCCAAACAUAUGCACACACACAAAGCUUAUAGUAUUCAGUGCCCACAUUGUGACAAAAUGUUUAAAAAUAGCUCGACCUUAAAGCAGCAUGUGAGGAUUCACGAAGAUCAAAGACAGUAUCGUUGUGACACUUGUGGGGUUGGGUUUAAUCGAAGGGAUGGUUUGAGACUGCACAUGAAGGUGCAUGAGAAAACGGGUAGUAGAGGCUUGAAAGAAUGUUCUUGCCAAGUUUGUGGAGAAAAAUUCCCGAAUCAUUCCACCUUAGUGAUUCAUAGGAACAGAGUGCACAAGGAUGGCAGACAAUAUACAUGUCACAUUUGUAAUAGGUCGAUGAUUUCGACGAGAUCGCUCGAAUGGCAUAUGUCACAUAUCCAUAAUGAGUCGAUGCCAGGUGUUACUCGCGACGAGUCCGGUCCGCCUGAAAAAAAACGAGUUUCUUGUUAUCACUGCAAUAAGACUUUCAAAACAGAGAUGAUAUUGCGUACACACAUCAAAAACACUCAUAUGGAAAAAGAUCCAAUGAAAUGUACUGAUUGCGACGAGACUUUCACAUCCGAAGUACGUCUACGUCAUCAUAUGAUGGUCGCGCAUAACCGUCUCGAGGGAACUUUGGCGUGUCCUCACUGUCCGAAACGAUUUGUAAACCAAUUAAGACUAAAGACUCACAUGAUUUCUCAUUCUGAGGAAAGACCGUAUACUUGUGAGAUUUGUGGUUUCAACUUGAAGACAAAAAUCCAACUGAUUAAGCACCAUCAGAAUCGACAUAGCGAUGAGAGACCCUUGCAGUGCAGAUAUUGUCCCUGGCGAUGCAAGCAGGUGAGUGCUCUCGUCUGCCAUGAACGCACGCAUACCAACGAACGUCCAUAUUCGUGCAGUGUGUGUCGGCAGCGCUUCAAAUAUCUCGGCGAUAAAAACAAGCAUGAGCGCCGUCAUGAAAGCCUUGGUGGUUCGGGUUUCAAACGUAUUGUACCCGGAAGAAAUAUUAAACCAAAAAUACGCGCCGAUGAUUCCUCUGGAUCCGAGCAAGAUCAAAGCUCAAUUAAGGAUUCUGUUAAUCAGCAAGACAUCCAAAUUGAAGAGCAGUACGAAGAGCAACAGGAAGAGCAAUAUGAACAGGAAGAACAGAUUGUUAAAUUCGAACAAGAGCAAAUUGUGAAAUUUGAAGAUCCGGAAGAAUACGAACAAGUGUAUGAGCAAGAGUAUGAAGAAACUUCGAGAGAGGCAUCAGAAGCUACAGAGGUGAUUAUGAACAUAGAAGAUUCUAAUGUGUACACGGAGGAAGUUACGGCCGACAAUAUGGAGCCUAAUCCUGAAAUCAUGACAGACGAAAUUAUGACGAAUGAUAUUCUGCAAUCCGGUACCGCUGUAGUGCAUCUACAACGGCAGGACGAUACGGGGAAGAUUCAAGUGAUACCUGUGAUGCUAUCUUUGCCUGAUCUGUCUGACACAAAUGCUGAAGUCAAUCUCGCAACUGCGUCUAUUGUGUAUAACAAUUAGAUUUAAUUUUUUCAGAUUGUAGAAUUCUAUGAAUCGAAUGUACUCAUAAAAGAUCUUUGGAUCUUUAAGCCUUCAGAGAUCCUGUUUAAUCUCUUCAAAUCUCAAAAGAUUAAAUUUUUAAUUUUUCGGAUGGGAUACACAAGAAAUGCUAUAAAAGAUAUCACGAUUUUUAUUUUAGCUUGAAUUUCUGGGAUUUAUUUAUUGAAGAAAUAUUACAGAAUCUGAGAAAUUCUUCAUGAUCUAAAAAAAAUAUUCUGGUAUUUUUUUCAGACUCUAAGAUAUUCUCUUUUUAAAACAAGAUUUCUCAGAUUCUUUGGAUUUCUUGAAAUUUUAUAAGAUUCUUAUAGAAUCUUAACUUUUAGAAAAAUUGCGAAAAGAAUCUUCAAUUUUUAUAUAUUCUUAGUAAUCCCAUCUAGAAUAUAACAUAGGAUAUACUCUGUGGUAAUAUUCACAUUCGAACCUUCCUCAUGAUAGGAAGCUAGAGCAAUUUAUGAUGAACUUAUAUCGAAGAAAACAAAAAAAAAAAAAAAUGAAAAAAUCAGUUUACUCUAUUUCUUACUGCUAAAAAUUAAUUGAUCUUGACAUAUAUUGUAAGAAAAAAGUUUACAUAAUUUCUCACUUCUAAUAUCGGAGACAUCGGAGAAAAACCAGGAGUUUUAAAAAGAAAAUUAUAAGAAAAAUAUGAGAUUUUUUAAAGUGGAAAAUUAUAAAAUGCAAGAAAAGAAGGAGAAAAACAAAAAUUUUGCUAAAGAAAAAAUUUAAAAAAUCUAAAGAUUCUAAAGUGCAAAGAAGAGAGAUUCUUAAAAAUUUUUAUUAUGCCACACAAAAACUUAGCAUAUAAAAGAAAAUAAUUGCAAGAAGUUAUAGAAAAUAAAAAGUAUGCAAGACUUGAAGAUUGAAAGUUAAUGUAAAUGAGAAGACGAGACAAAGAUUAUCAUGAAGAAAAAGAUAAAAAAUGAGGAUUAUAAGAUGCGAAAAAGAAAAAAGAUGAAGACGCCCGAAAACGCUUAGUUUGUAGAAUAACACAGUAUGUAAACUAUUUUGUAUAAAUCAAUGAAAAAGUAUAAUGUAUUCAUGUAUUUGUAUAUGCGUGUAUGUAUGCGCGUGUGCAUAUGUGUGUAUGUGCAUGUUGCAAGCCAUGUAUGCGUGUUAUGUAUUAAAUAAGUCAUUCUAUAUCACAUUAUCUUUGUAUCAUUCUUUGUGAAUAAUGUGUUGUACAUUUCUUCCUAACAAACUAUCAGUCUGUUCUUUUUAUCUGCAUUUUUUCAACUUUCGUCCUUUUAGAGUGAUAAACUAUUAUUAUUAUCUUAUCAUAAUCACAUCAUAUCAGUGUUUUAAUUUUUGCUCGUCAAAUUCAUGUAACUUCUGAAUUUAUCACCAAUUGGACAUGCGAGCAAUAUUAUUUUUUUAUUAUUAGUAUGUACUGUUAUUACUAUUAUUAUUAUUAUUAUUAUUAUUAUUAUUACUAUUACUAUAUUUUUCUCUUUUUUCUAUGUUUAGAUACUUAUUUCAUUUAAAUAAAAAAUGCAAGAAAAUAUAGCUAAAGAAACAUAUAUAUAUAUAUAUAUAUAUAUAUAUAUAUAUAUAUAUAUAUAUAUAUAUGCAAUUAUAAAAGUCCUUAUCCAUCAGACACACAGGAUCUAUUUCUUUUAGCUGUAUUUUUUAUAUUUUUUCUUUAAAUAUAAAUAUUGAAUAUAUUUAUCCAUCUUUAAGAGCAGAAAAAACAUCUAAAAAAAUAUAGUUCUAACAAUAGAUCAAUUUUAAUGCUGCGUCUUUGUUCUCUUUUCUUCCUCGCCCUCCCUUUCUCUUCGUUUCUGCCUACAUUACAUCAAAAUUGCGAAUCCUUUUAUAAAAAUAUCUUCCUUUUAUUUUAAAAUCUAACUUUUCAAAAAAUGUAGUAGCAGCUAGAAAGAACAGACUUUAUAUCUUUUUCAAUAUAUUAUUGAUACUUAUACAGAUAUUAUAGUCCAGAUGAUUAUAAGCUGGAUUUAUAUAUGUUAAAUUUUAAAGCUGUGACACAAUGUACAAGAUAAAACAAUGUAUAUUUUUU